AUGGCCGAGCCUAUUCGCUCCAAGAUCCCCGCCAAAGCGGCGCCGACCCCCCAGAACACCCCGGCCUCCCUCAACCAGGCUCCCAUCUCCAGUCGCGCGCAGGCUCCUGGCAUCGCCAGCAUCAGUGAAGAGGACCUCGACCGCGCCGCCGCCGCCUCCAUCUUCGCCCAGAACCCCCGCCUCGUGUCGAUGAUGCAGAACAAGCUGCAAGGCCUCGUUGGGAAGUCGUCGGGCUAUGUUGAGUCGCUGCCGGAGCCGGUGAAGAAGCGCGUGGCCGGCCUGAAGGGCGUGCAGAAGGAACACUCCAAGCUCGAGGCGGAGUUCCAAGAGGCGGUGCUGGAGCUGGAGAAGAAGUUUUUCGCCAAAUUCACCCCGCUCUACGAGAAGCGCGCCCGCAUCGUUAACGGCCAGGCCGAGCCUACCGCCGACGAGAUUGCGGCCGGCGAGGCCGAUGAGGACGAGGAUGAGGAUGCCGAGCCGUCAGAGCCUGCUGCCGCCGCUUCAUCAUCCGCCGACGCCGACAUGAAGGGUAUCCCCGAGUUCUGGCUCAGCGCGAUGAAGAACUCCUCCCUCGCCGAGACCAUCACCGAGCGCGACGAGGAGGUGUUGAAGGACAUCACAGACAUCCGCAUGGAGUACCUCGACCGCCCGGGCUUCCGCUUGAUCUUCGAGUUCGCCGACAACGACUUCUUCACCAACAAGACCAUCACCAAGACCUACUUCUACCAAGAGGAAAAUGGCUACGCUGGCGACUUCAUCUACGACCAUGCCGAGGGUGACAAGAUCAGCUGGAAGGCGGGCAAGGACUUGACCUUCAAGAUUGAGAGCAAGAAGCAAAGGAAUAAGAACACUAAGCAAACCCGCAUCGUCAAGAAGUCCAUCCCCACCCCAUCGUUCUUCGACUUUUUCAACCCCGCGCAGCCACCCGCGGACGACGAUGAAGAGGAUGUGGACGAGGAGCUGGAGGCGAAGCUCGAGCUCGACUACCAACUCGGCGAGGACAUCAAGGAGAAACUCAUUCCCCGCGCCAUCGACUGGUUCACUGGCGAGGCGCUGCAGUUCGAGGAGGGCCUCGACUUCGACGAGGACGAGUUCGAAGAUGAGGACGAUGAGGAUGACGAGGACGAAUCAAGGGACGAGGAUGAUGAGGAUGAGGACGACGACGAGGAGGAGCUGUCUAAGUCCAAACAGGAGACCGCCGAGUGCAAGCAAAGCUGA